AUGAACACCAGGUCCAAUUCGUUGUUCGUCGAGACCAGUAAUGAACAUGUAGACAAAGUCACUGACGAUGAUGAACAAUUAACUGUUGGUUGUGAAAAAACCAGUACCAAUGAUGAAGUUGAUGAAGACAAUCCAACAAGUAGUAUUGUGUAUGUUCACGUCUCCGAUGUUAAAAGUGAUAAGAAAAAAUAUUUGUAA